GGAUAAGGUGGCGAAUUUGAACAUCAUCAUGAUCGCCGCGCCGCCGCCAGCAGAGAAGACGAUCUACUUCAUUCGGCAUGGCGAAUCCACCUUCAAUCAAUGGCGUGUGCGAAGUAUUCUUACCUUUUCAUGGAUCUUCGUGAAGGACCCGAUGAUCAUUGAUGCCAGAUUAAGCGCAAAGGGCAGGCAACAGGUUGCCGUGUUGAAGCAGACUAUUCAUGAUAUGGGGCUUCAUGAAGUUGUGGAUGUGAUCAUCACCAGUCCCCUCACACGUGCCGUCGAAACCACCCUCGGAGGGUUUGACGGGUGCAACAUUCCCAUCCAAAUCAGCCCGCUGUGCCGCGAAAUGCUCGACACCGCGUGCGACAUCGGGCGACAGCCUCAUGAGUUGGCUCAAGAAUUCGGCUCGCUUGGCAUCGAUACGUCCUCCUUGCCGGACUUUUGGUGGCUCACUAGUCCCUCCGACGCCACCAAGGUCAUCCCUCAGUCGCCAGCAGAAGUAGCCCAACUCCGCGAAUCGACUGCCGACCUCGACGCCCGCAUUGUUGCUUUCCUCACCGAACUCCACGCUCUGCCGUACUCCAACAUUGCAGUCGUUGGCCAUAGCAGCUUCAUCAAACGGAUGACCAAAGCGUCCCGAAAGCUGUCGAACUGCGAGAUCCUCGUCACGCCUCUAACUGCUUUGCUGCCAACGGAGCAAUAGAACCUGCCACGAAUCCAUCCACGUGCGCUCUGACCAUGGCGUGUUCUCGAACGACAUGCAGCUCCCCAACGCAGUGGCUGUCGUCCUU